AUGGAGACAGACCGCAGUUGGAUGUACAGGAGCCACACAAACGGGCUGCUAACCACAGGGUAUAAGGAGCAUGUGAAGGAGUUUGUCCGGUUUGCAUUACGGCAUCCGGCUUGUAUGAGUGGGGUACAGAUAAAAUGCCCCUGCCCUAAGAGAGGUUGUCGAAAUACAAGCUAUCGGGAUGUCGAUGAGGUGGAAUUCCAUCUAUUGAAGAAUGGGUUCGUGAAAGGUUACCAAGUAUGGGUUUUUCAUGGCGAGGGGAGCGUUUUGAACCCCCCUCCCCUUGCACAGUUACCAGAGCAGGAUGUUGAGUUCGACUAUGAAGAUGAGGGGCCAGGUGAGUUCAGUUCCGCUCAAAGAAUGAUUCUUGAUGCGGCCGGUCCAGAAAUAACAUUUCCUAAAGAUGAGCUCCCGAAUGCUGAAGCUCAAAAAUUUUAUGAUAUGAUGCGUGCGGCUGAAGAAGACAUAUGGCCUGGGAAUAGCAGACAUUCUCCAUUUUCUGCAUCUGCUAAAGUGAUGGAGAUCAAGUGUCGACAUAAGGGUUCGGUAGCUUUAGUUGACGACGUAUGCGGAUUGAUACAGGAGCUGCUCCCGGAGGACAACAAGAUGCCAACGAAUUUUGCUAAGAUUAAGAAGCUGGUCAAAGGUUUGGGGUUGCCGGUUGAGGUUAUUGAUUGUUGUUUCUAUAACUGUAUGAUUUAUUGGGGGGAGGACGCGGAUCUAACGCACUGCAAAGUUUGUAAUUAUGCGCGGUGGAAACCUGUGACCCAAGGAAAAUCCACAAAAAGAAAGGCUAACGUGCCAUAUAGUAAAAUGUUCUAUUUUCCAAUAACUCCGAGGCUACAGAGGUUGUACGCUUCGAAAGCCACUGCUCGGCAUAUGACCUGGCACGCAGACCACGAGAUGGAGGGUGAUAAGAUGUGCCACCCGUCCGACUCUCCGGCUUGGAAACGUUUUAGUGAACUGCAUUCUGAGUUUGCCGAUGAAGGGAGAAAUAUCAGAUUAGGGUUAUGCUCCGAUGGGUUUCAGCCAUUUACCAAUUUUGGGCAGCAGUAUUCCUCGUGGCCGGUCAUUUUGACGCCGUACAAUCUCCCCCCAGGCAUGUGCAUGAAGGAUGAGUUUAUGUUUUUAACGGUUUUGGUACCAGGGCCUAGAAACCCGAAACACCUAAUGGAUAUCUUCCUACAGCCGCUGAUUGUAGAGUUGAACCAACUGUGGGAAUGUGGAGUCCAGACAUAUGACGUUCAUAAGCGUCAGAAUUUUCAACUAAAAGCGGCUCUUAUGUGGACAAUAAAUGACUUUCCCGCUUAUUCUAUGUUGUCUGGUUGGAGCACUGCUGGUAGAAAAGCAUGCCCGUACUGCAUGGAAAACACUGAUGCAUUCACACUGGAUAAAAGCGGUAAACAAUCGUGGUUUGAUUGCCAUCGCAAGUUUUUGCCUCCGAAUCACCAAUUCCGUCGAAAUGUUACUGAUUUCCGUAAGGGGAAACGAGAGGUCGGCAAAAGGUUUGCAGGGGUGAGAACUGGAGAUGAACUGUUAGCAGAGAUUGAUCGACUGGGGUUUAAGAAGGCAUUUGAGCCUGGUGCGAAAGUUACUAAUGCAUUACUGUCAAAAGAUCAUGGGUGGAAUAAAAAAAGUAUCUUUUGGGAUUUGCCUUAUUGGAGAACGAAUGUAAUACGUCACAAUCUCGAUGUCAUGCACAUUGAGAAAAAUGUCUUCGAUAACAUUUUUAAUACCGUUCUCAAUAUCCCCGGGAAAACAAAAGACCAUGCAAAAUCUCGUGAAGAGUUGAACGACAUCUGUGAUCGGCCAGGGUUAGCUAAAGAUCCGGCAACUGGGAGAUUUCCAAAGGCAAUGUAUGCUUUGGAUAGGGAUUCAAAACGAGUUUUGCUUGAGUGGAUUCAGAAAAUAAAGUUUCCAGACGGGUACGCGUCAAACUUGUCUAGAUGUGUUGAUCUAAAGGGGUUGAAAAUGCAUGGAAUGAAAAGUCAUGACUGCCAUGUUUUUAUGCAACGACUUCUGCCAAUCGCCCUUCGGGAGCUACUUCCGAAAACGUGUGGGAGCCUCUAA